UUACUUCCUUAUCAUAACCUUUAAUAAAUAUUUAUGAAGAAAAAUAUCUCUAUUCGUAAAAGAAAAAAGUUUCGCGCGAAAGACGAUAGAAGUCGCUGGUUAAAUGUCCAAAAAAUAUUGAUUUUUUAUACUAGAAACUAUCGUAUGAAAUGACGAAUCCUUUUCAUAAUUUAAUAAGCAUCAACACAAAAUUUUUUAAAUAAACUACGUUAUCAAUAUUAACACAUAUAUAGCAUUUUUAUCAAUAUAAAACAGAUUGAAUAAAUAUUACAGGUUGAGACUACGGAUUAGUAUUUAAGGGCGUGUUCAAGGUAACUCGCGUCAGUUGCUUUGAUGAAAGCGUUCGCAAACACAUCGUUUCGUACUGUGUCACAUAAUUUAUUUUUCCUAUCUUUCUAUCAUACGUAAUUCAAAUCUACAAAGCAAUUAUUGUUUCGCAAUAUUUAUACGAUCUAUAGAGCUAAUCAAUAUGAUGAACGAAAUAGAUUGGAAAUCAGCCGAUAAUAUUUUCAAAACUUUCGAUGUAAACAAAGACGGUGUGCUCGAUGAAAAAGAAUUUUUUCUUCUAUGCAAGAAAUUUUACGGUGAAGAAGAAGUGAAUAAAAAUGAAUGGAGGGUUAAAGAAAUUUUUAAAAUAUUUAGCUUAAAUGAUGAGGGAUUAAAAGAAUCAAAAUGGAAAAGAUGCUUUACAAAAUGGAUACAAAAAAAACCUGUAAAUGUAUUAAUAGUAGUCGAUGUACAAAACGACUUUAUUGAUGGAAAUUUAGCAUUACCUAAUCGUACGGGUUAUGAAGUAAUAAAACCGAUUAAUCGUUUGUUGAAAAAAGUUCAUUGGGAUCAAGUUAUUUAUUCGCUCGAUUGGCAUCCUAAAAAUCAUAUUAGUUUUUACGACAAUCUUGCUGAACGAAAACUGCAUCCGUCAUCUAAAAUUACAAAAGAACUAGCUAAGCCAUUUGAUACUGUUACUUUUUUAAAACCACGGGUGGAACAAACACUUUGGCCAAGACAUUGCGUAAUGAAUUCGUGGGGUGCAAAAUUAAAUAGUGAUCUGUAUAUAUCACCAGACUCUAUACAGAUAUACAAGGGUCAAGAUCCAGAUAGUGAUGCUUACUCGGUUUUCACAAAAGAAAACGUGAAGACGAAUUCGAAACUGGAGACGAUUUUAUUGAAAAUCAAAGCCACAGAUUUGUACAUUUGUGGAUUGGCCACGGACGUUUGCGUGAAAGCAACAUGUCUCGAUGGAUUGAGUUUGGGCUAUAAUGUAAUUAUGAUCGAGGAUAGCUGCUGUGGUAUCGAUAAAAACAAUACAGAAGAAGCGAAAAAAUUGAUCAUAGAAAACGGUGGUUUGGUGACGAAUAGUAAUCAUGUUUUUUCUCUUGUGAACGAAGGAAAGCGAAGUUUGAUUCUUGAUCAUCAAGCUGCGAAAAAACACUUUGUAAACUCUUCAAUUUCCAUUGAUAACAAAAAUGCAUUAGCGGACUAAUGUGUUCUUCAUAAUCGUAUAUAGAGAUGAUGAUUCUAACGAAACGGUUCCUUUAAUCUUACCUCUUAUAUUUUUUAAAUCAAGUAUUAGUAGUUUAAUAAUUUUUUAAAGUAUUCUUCCAAAAAGAAAAAGUCCAUAUAAAAAUAUACAUUUCUUAUUAAAUAAUAAUUAUAUAUAUAUA